GGAGGCGCUGAGGGGUUGGGGUGAGACUCAGUGCCCCAAACUCCUGAGUCACCGUGGAAAGAGGGCUGCGCCACCAUCUUGAAGCUGGGCAAACCGAAGCCAGAAAUGCUGCCGGUCUGAACCUCUGCCAGCGUUGUGCUAAAGGGGCGAGCCGGGGGUGGGGAGAGGUAGGGUGGGCGGAAGGAAGCGUGCUUUAUAGGCGUUGUCGGCGUAUAAAGCCGCACUCCAGUCACGUCGGGACGGACCACUUUUUCUACCCGUCUGAGCUAGAAGUUGGUUGCGAACGAGGGACGCCGCGCUGCUCGCCUUCGUGCGAGCGUGGGCAGGGAGCCGCGUAUGUUGCGGCAAAUCGAAACGGUGUAGCUAACGUCUUUUACCAGAUUUUCCAUGCAGUGGGCACUCUGCUGUCGCCAUUGCUCAGCGCUUGCCCAUGUAGCUUCUGGUUGCUAUUUUGAUUUGAGGCAUCCAGGAAAAGGGAGGCGGAGUGUACACAAUGAAGGCGGGGCAGCCACACGGAAGUGACGCAAGAAGCCGCCAUGCCUUUUGAGGGCGGUGACGGCGCCUGGCUGGCCAUGCUGGCUACGGGCACGUCUGGGGCGGUAAUCGUCCUGCCACCCUUGGCUGAGUGCUGAAAUGGCUAACGCUCAGCCCCAUGUAUCUGACUCGUGACGAAUCGUAGACGACCUCCUCUCCGAGGGUGCAGAGGUGCUGGAACGCUCACACUGCCGGUGAACCCUGUCCAUACGGCUAUGUGUGUGGGUCGCUGAUGGGUGAGGGGGCGCCCCGGGCGGGACUUCCGGUCCAGAUUCCCAGCGGGGGCGGGAUUUCCUGUUUUCUUCCUAGAGAAGGGGCCUCGCUGGGCCGCGGGCGUGGUGCAGCCCCGCUCCCCGACCUUCGGUGGUAGGAUCCUCCUGGGACACCCCGCUCCGUGUCCCGUGCUGCAGCCGUUUUCUUCCCUAUCUCCCUCCACACCUGUCCUGGGAGGCCUGCACCUUCCCGCUGGACAGCUCCCCCUUGCUGGUUUGCCCCUAUGAGUCUCACCUCAUAGGAGGCCACAGGCCUAGGAGGUCUGAGUAAGUUGCCCUCCUUUGAGCCGCCUUCACAAGCCACUCGCCCGGUUUUCACACCGCUGCUGUGGCUACCCCGAGAUCUAAGAGGAGCUAGGUCCUGCCAUUUGCUCUCUUCUGUUCCCAAAGAAGUGAACCUAAGCUAACAGUCGUCCAGGCUGUGUCAUCUUGGACCAGUCACCUAAGUUUCCAGCCUCCUUCAUCAGCUAGGAACAGUGGAAGGUGUGUGGAGGAGACGGUGAGCGCCUUCUAAAGCUUUAGGUAGGACUUUGAGGCCCAGCAGACGAGAACUAUCAAACCACUGCAGCUCUCAUCUUGGUGUGUCGUGACAGGGCUCGGAUGGCGUCUGGGCGGCCGGAGGAGCUGUGGGAAGCUGUCGUGGGGGCCGCCGAGCGCUUCCGGGCCCGCACUGGCACUGAGCUGGUGUUACUGACUGCAGCACCGCCCCCGCCGCCCCGACCAGGGCCCUGUGCCUAUGCUGCACAUGGCCGCGGGGCCCUGGCAGAGGCUGCCCGCCGCUGCCUCCACGAAAUCGCACAGGCGCACAGGGCUGCCACUGCCACCCGACCUCCUGGUCCCCCACCAGCACCACAGCCGCCUAGCCCCUCUCCUAGCCCUCCACCUCGGCCAGCCUUGGCCAGGGAGGAUGAUGAGGAAGAUGAGGACGAGCCCACUGAGACAGAGACUUCUGGGGAGCGGCUGGGCUGUAGCGAUAAUGGAGGACUCUUCAUGAUGGAUGAGGAUGCCACCCUCCAGGACCUGCCCCCCUUUUGCGAGUCAGACCCGGAGAGCACAGAUGACGGCAGCCUGAGUGAGGAGACCCCCGCUGGUCCCCCAGCCUGUCCUAAGCCCCCAGCCCUGCCUACCCAGCAGUACGCGAAGUCUCUGCCCGUGUCGGUGCCAGUGUGGGCUUUCAAGGAGAAGAGGACAGAAGCACGAUCCUCGGAUGAGGAGAAUGGCCCGCCCUCCUCGCCCGACCUAGACCGAAUAGCGGCUAGCAUGCGCGCUCUGGUGCUGCGGGAGGCCGAGGACACCCAGGUCUUUGGGGACCUGCCGCGCCCGCGGCUCAAUACCAGCGACUUCCAGAAGCUGAAGCGGAAAUACUGAGUGUGCAGGACGCCGAGAGGGCCGAGGCGAGCGAGAGGACACUGUCCGCUUCGGCCAUUGGUCUUUGCUGCUCCUUCUGCCCGGCAACAGAACAAUUCUUGACGGGAUUGGCUCGCUCCGGCUGGGCGGGUCUAGUUGUAAAAGCUCAGUGGGUCGACUCCGUUUCUUGCCUAGCAACAGCAGCUUCGCCCGCCUUGAGUGGCGGCCCGAGGGCGGAGCCCAGCUGCGGGAGCCGUGCUGCUCCGCCAAUGGCCGGAGAGCCACCGGCCGUCCUUCCUGAGAUUCCUCCCCGCGAUUGGCCCGGGGCUUUGAGUUUAUUACACUACGGGGCUGGGGUUUUGGUCGUUUUUUUUUUUUUUUUUUUUUUUUUUGUCCCGAGUCCUGGCACUUGUACCCUGGGCCCCUUGGGGAUGGUCCCGUCGUGCUCUGCGUCUGACGCCCUCCUAGGUCCCACCGCCAGACAGCCUGUUCUCAAUGUCCUGUACCCAGGACGGCACCAGCUUCCUGUCCCCCGACCCCAACAGGUGCCUUAAAAGGCCCUCUCCCGCCCGAGGUGGGGGGCAGGGGCCUCACUCUCCGGCCCUGGCCUGGGGUGCGGGAGUGGGGUGGAGCGGGAGUCAGGAGGGCCGCUCUGAAAUUAAAGGUUUUACCUCUCACCA